AAAUAAUAGGGUUGCAAGCAAACACACUCUUGCCUCGUGUCGUGAUGGUUAAGCUCGUGGAGUUUUGCAAAACUUUGGGUAUAUAUAGCUGCCUCUUGCCCAUCUCAGUAACAGAAUCCAACUUCCAUCCCUAUUAUUCCUCCAAUCAACAACUUGGUAUUGGUUAACAACUAUGCGUCCUCUCCCUAAGCCUCCUUGGAUGCGCCGCUAUCGUAGGAUAGUGCCCAGCAUCAUCACCAGUAUCCGAAAUCACCCUGAAGCAGUGGCACCAACUCUUGAGAGCAUCCCGCAAAUAGAUGAAUCCUUGGUGGCAACCGAGCCGUUUUCCCCCUUUUCUUCCCUUAUUCGCGACAUGCAAGAAACGGAGUUCAAGCGCUGGGGAUUCGUCAUAUUUCGUUCGGUUUAUACGGAAGAGUCCCAAACUCAGUGGGGGAGCUACAUUGAGUUCUUCGAGGCAGCAGUUGAGAGCGAACUCAAGUUCAUGGAACUUCGGACACUCCUCGAGCCACAUCUUGAAUGGACUAUCAUGGAAGAUUGCGAAACUCUCAAUAAUGCGUCGAAGGAACAGGUACGCGAUAAAUUUUCUCAGUGGGUUUCCGAGCGAUCUAUUGAAUAUUGUGUCUAUGUUGAUCAGAAAUGCCUCGACACCGUUGACCAAUCCGCUGCCUGGGUCGAGGCAGGCGCUGAAGGUCAUAAAAGGGCUGUCGUUUGUGUCAUGCUGAAUGGGAAAUGCGAGCCCAGAGGGCGAGGCAGAAACGGAUUUCCCUCUAUCGAAGGAUGUACCAAGGAAUACACAGGCUGGAUUUACACCGGCGUACAAGGCAUUCCCGAGCUCUACAACAGUCUGUUUCAUGAGGAGCUGGAAGAACAAGACUCCCCAAGACCCCCUGGGGUAAUGCUCGGCAGAGAUCUAAUGCCCAUUGAUUAG